CUGAUCCCUUGUAGCUGACUUGGCUGGGGUAUGACGUCUAGGGAAGCGCCAGCCAGCAGGUCUCGACUGUUGUGUGUGUGGAUAUGAGAGGAAGUUAGAUGCAUUAAUCUUGUAGUCACCCGGUGUACAGGCCACUGUACAGCAGCAUCCAUCUGAACGGGACUGCCCGACCGGUCCGGUGGCUGCUGUCGCUACCUAACGUUAACUGGCUAGCUAGCUAACGCCAACCCGCUAACUUCACCAGUUUAAGGCCGUUUAAGGGGACGAACAGUGUGGGGAAAGCGGGGCCUGUGGUUAGUAACGUUACGACUCGGUUUACCGCUGUCCUGGAGAGCUUAACACCCCGUUUUUUUUUUCCCCGGAGCAAACUACCACUGAGAUGGACAACCUAAGCGAGGCCCUGGAGAAGCUGAAGCUAGCGUCCACAGAUACAGCCACUGACAGCGUGGAGAGCUGCCUGGACUGCCUGCUGAAAGCACUCACCAACAACAACACCGAGGCCAGUGUGAAGAUCCAGGAGAUGGGCAUUCUUCCCCUGCUCCCCACCCUGCUAAACCCCCAGUCCUCCUGCACCCCUAAAGUAGCCAACAUCAUAGCUGAGGUGGCCAAAAAUGAGUUCAUGCGGAGUACUUGUGUUGAAGCCGGCCUUAUCCCGCCCCUUAUUCAGCUGUUAAACUCCACCGACCAGGAGGUUUUGCUGCAGACUGGCCGGGCUCUCGGCAACAUCUGUUAUGACAGCCAUGAGGGCAGGAGUGCAGUUGACCUGGCAGGAGGGGCUCAGAUAGUAGCUGAACACAUUAAAUCCCUCUUCCAAAAUACUGAGCCGGAAAAUGAGAAGCUCUUGACUGUCUUUUGUGGCAUGCUGAUGAACUAUAGCAAUGAUAAUGAUUCCUUACAAGCUCAGCUGAUCAAUAUGGGUGUGAUUCCCACUCUGGUGAAGCUGCUCGGCAUCCAUUCCCACAACACAGCCCUGACAGAAAUGUGUCUAAUUGCCUUCGGGAAUUUGGCUGAGCUCGAGUCCAGCAAAGAGCAGUUUGCCUCCACCAAUAUUGCUGAAGAGCUGGUGCGUCUUUUCCAGAAGCAGACAGAGCAUGAGAAGAAGGAAAUGAUUUUUGAGGUUCUGGCUCCACUUGCAGAAAAUGAUUUGAUAAAGCUCCAGCUGGUGGAGGCCGGCUUGGUGGAGUGUCUCCUGGACGUUGUGGCUCAGACUGUAGAUGGCGAGAGGGAGGAGGACAUCGCCCAGCUCAAGACUGCCUCAGACCUCAUGGUUCUCCUGCUGCUGGGAGACGAGUCCAUGCAGAAGCUGUUUGAGGGCGGAAAGGGCAGCGUCUUCCAGAGGGUCCUGUCCUGGAUACCGUCUCACAACCAUCAGCUGCAGCUCGCUGGGGCGCUGGCGAUUGCUAAUUUUGCCCGCAACGAUGGGAAUUGCAUCCACAUGGUGGACACUGGGAUUGUGCAGAAGCUUCUGGAGCUGUUGGAUCGGCACGUAGAGGAAGGCAACGUCACUGUUCAACACGCAGCACUGAGCGCCCUGCGGAACCUGGCCAUACCCGUGGUGAACAAAUCCAAGAUGCUGUCAGCUGGAGUAGCAGACGUGGUGUUGAAGUUUUUGCAAUCAGAGAUGCCUCCAGUCCAGUUUAAACUCCUGGGGACGUUACGUAUGCUCAUCGAUACACAAGCUGAAGCCGCAGACCAGCUGGGAACCAACGGGAAACUGGUGGAGAGGCUAGUGGAGUGGUGUGAAGCCAAAGAUCACGCAGGGGUGAUGGGCGAGUCCAACAGGCUCCUGUCGGCCCUCAUUCGACACAGCAAGUCCAAGGAAGUCGUCAGAUCUGUCAUCCAGGGAGGAGGAGUCAAGCACUUAGUGACCAUGGCAACUAGUGAGCAUAUGAUUAUGCAGAAUGAAGCACUGGUGGCUUUGGGUCUCAUAGCAGCGCUGGAUUUGGUUGCGGCGGAGAAGGACUUUGUUGGAGCCAACCUGGUGACGGUGCUUCACAAGCUGCUGUCGGACGAGAGGAGUGCACCAGAGAUCAAAUACAACUCGAUGAUCCUCAUCUGUGCAGUCAUGGGCUCAGAGCCUCUCCACAAAGAGGUCCAGAGCCUGGCGUUCAUCGACGUGGUGUCCAAGCUGAGGGCCCACGAAAACAAAACGGUCUCCCACCAGGCGUCGCUCACGGAGCAGCGACUAACUGCCCAGAGCUAAAUGACUGUGUCCAACCCCACCCACGCCCCCAUCCACCCAAAUGCCUGCCUGACCACCUGAUCACCUAAUGACACCUCAUGACUGCUACCCCCCCCCCCCCCGUGCCCCAUUGUCAUGUGCCAAGGUACCAUGUCGCGUUAACUGCCAGCCAGACCUAGUCAUGUCUCUAACCCCAAACCCUUCACCCCGCCCAUCUCCACUAGGGUUAGACUGAUGUUGACUUGGAAAGCCAACACUCUGCACUUAUAUACAAAUCAUGAAUUCAAUUGUUAAUUUGAAUUACAAACCACUCACCCAGAAUUAGAUCCUUGUUUGGGUGGAAAAGUCUCUGAAACUGUUUUUAGACUACUGUGGGGGCACCGACACUCCCCUGAAAGCCAUAAUAAUGAGAUUUAUGUAGGUGGGUGAGCAGGUCCUUAGGGCAGGGUGAGGCAGUUUUUCAUGUCAGGCUUUACAAACCUACACCCCGAAAUGGUCAAUGGAGGGAUUUGUGUAGAGGUGGACACCAUUGACUUACUGGUCUACCUACGUCAGUCUAACCCUGGUCCCCCCAACUCUACUUGUGCAUGCGUCUUCUGCUACAAGUAGCUCCACAGGAGCCGAGGCGCCGUAGGCAGCCUAACGCAAUAGAUAAGAGACAACUCUUUUACGACCAUAGCUGUGAUACCAUCCGCCGGUAACCCACCAGUGAAAAAUGUGCACAAAAAGAAAAAAAAAAAAUAUGUUGUGAUUUCUUUUUCCCAUUUUUAAGAAAAGCAGGCAUCCAUGAUGUGCCCAGUUGUGUCCCAUGUAGCUCCAGUAUAAAUUGACUAGAAACUGUGCAUGUUUUAGUCCUGUUGAAGGUGUGACAGUGUUCAUUUUACCUCUCUAGUGCUCGCAUAGCCCAAAGUACAGCCCACUCUGCUCCACUGACACCUCCACACUCUUUUGAUCUAGAGAUUUUAUCCGAUUUUUAAUUCAACAGUUGUCCAAACACGUUCCCCCUGCUCCCAACAGCUGUACAGUGAGGUUAGAGGCUCCUUCAGUCUCCGCCUAAGAACUAGGUGUAUGCAACACAGUGGGGAACAGGGGCUGUAGUCAAGUCUGCCUUCGUGGGUCGAGUCCAGUAAGCUCCCAGUGCAGCCGAGUUGAAGUCCAGACCCAAAUAGGGAUUGAUGGUGCGUCUAUCCAAAUGGCAAUACGGCAAUGUUUUCCUAGUUUAACCAUCAACAAAGAUGAACAACUACUGCAGGAGCUCUGUUAGCCCUGAUACAGCACAGUCAUACUACUUCUCACAGUCUUGUGUUGCCAUCUCCCCAAAGGUGGAUUUCAGAAGAUGUUGCGAUUUAGGGCUGGGCGAUAUUCUCGGGUUGACAAUUGGUGCUCUAACAAAAUAUCUUUACACUUAGAUUUUAGAUA